AUCCACCAACAUCAAUAUACGCAACGCCCGGCUGCUGGGGAAGCUCUUCCACUGUAUUUUUGGGGACGCUUCUCACUCAUCUCUCUCGCUGCAUAAUCCCUGCAACGGACCAAUCCCAGCCCUCCGCCAACACCCCCAGCAAUCCAUCACACACAUUCCUUUUUUUGGAGCGUGCAUACGAGACGCACUGUAGAGCGCCCACCCUCGCAACGCCAACCAAGAAAAAAAGAAGAGGCCAGCGUUGUGUCAGGCUACUGUUCCAGUGGUAUUUCCAGCGCACCCACAAAGCCGCCCCAGCGUGUCUCGUCCCCCGUUUGGGUCUUCUCCACCUCGUACCUCCGUACUCCUUCUCUUCUCCCUCGCAAGCAAGCACCCCCUUCAAGGCGCGACCAGCUCCUUGUCCCGGGCAGCGCGCAACUUGGCUUUGCGCCGGCUAUGACCAGUUAUUCUACAUUUGCCAAUGACCACGCAUCGAGCGCCGCACAAAACAGAAUGUCGAGAACACGACGACGAGUCGGCAAAGACGCCGGCUUUGCUGGCCAAGCGUCCGUCAUUAGCAGUGUUGUCAACCUAUUAAAUACAAUUGUCGGCGCGGGAACUUUGACGAUGCCCGCUGUCGUGUCGCAUAUGGGAAUUAUGCUCGGUGUUAUCCUAGUUCUCUGGUCUGGCCUCACAUCAGGUUUUGGCCUUUACCUCCAAUCUCGAUGCGCACGAUACCUCGACCGCGGAACCGCGUCCUUCUUCUCCCUCUCACAGCUCACCUACCCCAACGCCUCCGUCAUCUUUGACCUGGCCAUCGCCGUCAAGUGCUUUGGCGUCGGCGUCUCCUACAUGAUCAUUAUCGGAGAUCUCAUGCCCGGCGUCAUGCUGGGUUUUAAUAAGCAUACCGACACAGUCCCCUACCUGGUCGACCGAAACUUUUGGAUUACAGCCUUCAUGCUCCUCGUCAUCCCUCUCAGCUUCCUCCGCCGUCUCGAUUCGCUUAAAUACACCAGUAUCAUCGCCCUUAUUUCUAUCGGCUAUUUGAUUAUCCUCGUCAUCUACCACUUCGCCGUUGAUCCCCAUGCCGACCCUAGCCAGAUCCGCGUUAUCGAAUGGGGCGGUGCUGUACAAACAUUGAGCACACUUCCCGUUGUCGUCUUUGCGUACACUUGCCAUCAAAAUAUGUUCUCCAUUCUCAACGAACUCAAGGACAACUCUCCCGGAAACGUGGUGUCGAUGAUUGCCAGUAGUAUUGGUAGCGCAGCAUCCAUUUACGUCCUGGUCGCCAUCACUGGCUACAUCACCUUCGGAAAUGACGUUAAAGCCAACAUCAUCAUGAUGUACCGCACAAGUGUUGGCUCCACCAUUGGCAAAGCCGCCAUUGUCAUCUUGGUCUUGUUUUCCGUCCCUCUGCAAGUUCAUCCUUGCAGAGCGUCUCUCGACGCUGUACUGAAAUGGCGACCAAAUCGAGCGACUCAAACCGGCCACAGACGCACCGUCUCACUGCCUACUCCUACGCGUGGUGAUCACGGUAGCACCGCACCCAUGUCCGACACCCGAUUCGCCGUUCUCACCACAAUCAUCCUCACCCUUGCCUACAUCACCGCUCUCUCUGUCAGCAGCUUAGACCGAGUACUUGCUUUUGUUGGUAGCACUGGCUCUACCUCAAUCAGCUUCAUCCUGCCUGGUCUAUUCUACUACAAGAUUAGCGAUCCAGAGAGUCCCCAUUCGCAGCGACUGCUCAAGGACGAUGAUGCUGACGAAGAGGAGUCUUCCGACGUUGAAGAUGCGGCACCGUUAACACAGGGUGCUGAAGCUGCCGAUAGCAGCAGCGAGCCCGUUGUUGCUCGAAACACUUGGCGCUGGCGCAGAAAGUGGCGAUGGGAUCUUGAGCACAUUGACGACGCUGUGCUACGCAAGAUGGCUCUUGGUCUUGCCAUCUACGGCAUGAUCGUCAUGGUUGUAUGCCUAUUUAUGAAUCUCUUUUUUACAGUCUCGCAUUAGAACACGGUCACGAGCACGCAGCGCCAUUACCGUUGUGGAUAUCAUGUUACUAUACCAUUUACUCUCUUCGCUGUAUGCGGAAUGCGGCACGGCUGCGAUGAGAGUGUACUUUUUGGCAUAUUGGAGUUUAUCAUUUCAACACGCGCCACCAGAGCGCGCACAACGGCUCGCCAGAGCUAUUGCGAAAGAAAGAGGUUGGAUGUUGUUCUGUCAUGUUUUUUUAAAACAAAAACGGCUUGAAUAGCUGCGUGCAUUGGUGUUUUGUAGUUACACGGAUGUUGCUCGCGAACCUGCGGGUGCCGAACACAUUAGCCUUCUUUGAAUAUAACUUGGAUAUUAUCAGACAAGCAAUGCGGUCCGCUGUAGAGGUAUCAUUGUGUGAAGGUUAAUCUGUAGAUUUUUAUUUCGUGUAGACAAAACUACACACGUGUUUAAUAUACAAAGGUCGAACAGUCGUUCUCAAUCCCAAAAAAAAACGCCAUGAUAAAUGCCCCAAUCGUAGCACAGUAAAUAUACACGCGCAAGCACACAUUAGCACCGCCUAAUUCCGCGCUUGCACAGUCCCAAUCUUUUCUUCUGCAAUCCUCAGGCUUGCCAAUUCAAUGCCAGCUGAGUCUUCAACGGACCUGAACCUUGUCGGUCUCGACCGUCGCGGUUGGUGCAGGCUCCUUGGGGCCAAAGUGCUUUUUGGGCAGAAUGCCAGCCAUUGACAGCAAUCGCCACGCUGAGUCGGUAGGUUGGGCGCCGACACCAAUCCAGUACUUUGCGCGCUGGGAGUCCAGUUUGAUAUCCUUGUGCAGACGGCCAGACUCGUCAUGGGGGUCGGACUUGGGAAUAGGGUCGUAUGUGCCAAUGACUUCGAGAGGUCGCGAGUUUCUAGCAGUACUGUGUAUCAAACAAGAGGUUAGUGGUGAUUAAUUCUGACAGCGUGAGACGAGCGAUUGGUCGUGUGUGAUGUCGAGAGUUGGCUCAAAGGGGUUUUUCUUUCUGCGCUUCACGGGGUGUCGAAUUGGUUGGAGGCUUACCGAGCUUGAGCGACGACAAUGUUGUAGAAGGGAGAGUUCUUGCGCCCGAAGCGGGCAAGGCGGAUUUUGACGACCAUGGUGAUUGAUGCUGCUGUUUCGCUGGGAAUGGUU